CUGCACCCCGCCUGCUCUCUUGCUUGGGCGGAGGGGCUAGUGGUUUUCUGCUAGCAGGGUGCUGUACCUGUUAUUCCUUUAAAGCAAACCGAAAACCUGCCACAUGUGAAAUCUGGAAGCCGGAAGAUUGCUCUGAGGUCGGAGAGGAGGAAGCGCAGCGGCGAUGUGAAAAUGGCACGGGAGAUGGGGGCGAGGCAGAUGCUGCAGCGCUGAGCGUGCAGCUCCUCCGAUUUAUUUCGCAUCCUCCUCCUCCUCCUCCUCGGAACCAAGUCUUUUGGUGCGGGGAUAGACGAGUCUGUCACAAUUGGGCCUGAGCGGUGGCAACAGCAGGCCUGGAUCCGGUCCGGAUGGAGGAUAGAUGCGGAUGGUGUGGAGCCAGUUAUUUCGUUCCCAAUGGCGUUUUAUAGGAUUACACACACAUGAAGGUGGUGGAUGGAUGGAGGGACCCUGAGUGAGAAACUGGAAAAAGAAACGAAAGCUCCCAGGAUGCGUCCAGUCCAGAAGUCCUUGUGUGUGCUGAUGGUGCUGAUGGCAUCCCUGGCUUUUCUCUAUCUUCAUGUCUGGUCACCGAAGCCCUACAGUACGGUGGACCUGCGACACCGGCCAGGCCGAACGCCAGAGCAACUGUUGAGUGACCAUCUGCUGGUGCCUGAGAAGAAAUAUGCACACAUUGCUUUCCGGAUUAAGGAGGAGAUCCUGGAGCUCCUUCCAAAGAACUCCUGCAAGUGUGAGGUGGAACCUAGUAUGAACUUCCCACUUCAGAAACAGCUCUUUGGUCACAUCUAUUCUCUGGAAUUCGCAAACGCCUUCAAUCCUUCCGAACUGCCAGAGAUAAACAGCAGGCGAAAACAGGAGUACCGCAGUUACCAGCAAAGGUCCCACUCUCCAUCUGACCAGCUCCUCAUUGUCCGAGCCAACUCACCUCUAGAGUAUCCGGCCCAAGGGGUGGAAGUUCGGCCCCUCCGGACCAUCCUCAUCCCAGGUCUGAGUCUACAAGCAGCUGAAAGAGCUCUGUACCAGGUCAACUUGACAGCUACUAUGGGCACUUUCGAUGUGGCUGCAGAAGUGGAAGGGGUCAAAGUGGAAGGGGAGGGGGGCAUGCAACUCAUCAUGUCAGGAUCCCAACUGGACAACCUCAAUCGGCAAAUGCAGUUUGUCACCUACACCAACACACUCUUCCAUCCCAACACAGCAGAUACAGUGCAGUUUUCUACCGAUGAGCACCAUGCAUCUUUCAUCAUCCGCAUCCGCCAUGCGCCUACGCCCAAGCUCUACAAUCCAGGACCCUCCAGUAGAGGAGCAAGUGGCGAAUACGACAUCAGUGCCCUGGUCACCAUAGCAACGAAGACCUUUUUGCGCUAUGACAAGCUGCGAACACUGAUCAGCAGCAUCCGCAAGUUUUAUCCCACCGUCACCAUCAUCAUUGCUGAUGACAGCGAGACCCCUGAACAUGUGCAGGGACCCCACAUUGAACAGUACUUUAUGCCCUUUGGCAAGGGCUGGUUUGCCGGCAGAAACCUUGCCAUUUCCCAAGUGACCACAAAAUAUGUUCUGUGGGUGGAUGAUGAUUUCAUCUUCACACAUCGCACCAAAGUGGAGAAGCUGGUAGAUGUCCUUGAGAAAACUACCCUGGAUCUGGUGGGUGGAGCAGUGCGAGAGAUCACCACCUACACCACCACAUACCGCCAGCAGAUCAGCGUGCAAGCUGGUGGUGAAGAUGGAGAUUGUCUGCACAUCCGCCAGGGUUACCAUCACGUCAUUGAAGGUUUUCCUGACUGCGUGGUUACUGAUGGUGUGAUCAACUUCUUCCUGGCACGCACCGAGAAGGUUCUGCAGGUUGGCUUUGACCCUCGCCUCAGUCGUGUUGCCCACCUCGAAUUCUUCAUUGAUGGCCUGGGUAUUCUGCAUGUCGGUUCCUGUUCUGAUGUGGUGGUGGACCACGCCUCAAAGAUUAAGCUGCCAUGGCUAAAGACAGACAGUGAGAAGCAGUAUGCCAAAUUCCGCUAUCCCAACUCAAGUGGCAACAGCCUGACCACCAAACAGAGCUUCUUUUACUUCAAGAAUCGUUUCAAAUGCAUGACCGGCAACUAGUCUCUGGUGCUAAUGAGUUUAGCUUCACCCCUGACAACUGGCUUUGUCCUCAGGCAAUUGGGUUUACCAAUCUCAGGCAGCCUGCUCUGGCAAUUGGCCAGAGCCCCAGGCAAAUGGCCUUGUCUGUCAGCUAGCCAAACCCCCAGAACUCAGGGUGGCCUCAGCAGCCUCAGGCUUAAAGAGUAGUUGGGGAAAUGGGCAGCCAUGACCACUUUUUUAAAAAAGAAAAAAUGUCUUUUCUAGCAGGAUGGAGAGACUGUGCUAUUGCUUGAUUCUGAGCCUUGGUGGUCAGGAGGAUGUGACCUGUUCCUGUGCUUGUUUUGCCCUGUUACGUCUCUGAACUGGAAAAUCUUGGAUGGGGUGUGAUACUUGAGAGCACUGGAAGUUAACUUUCUUUCCUAGUUGGAAGCAACUACAAUUUUUUCUGGGCUUCCCCCUGCAUCUCGCCACACACAGACACAAUACUUUAUCCAGUGCCACAACUUUUUGUGCCAAGUCUUUACAUCUGUGCUCCCUUCUUCCCAAUUCCUUUCCCUCACGCAUCCUCAAGCUGGAGCCAUCCUGGGACAUUUUGAAGUGCCAAAGACUACAGUGAUGGAAAGCAACCACCAGGGGGAAGCUUUGAGGUAUAAAUUGCUGCAAAGCAACAGAAAAGGAGGACAGCAGGGGCCAUAAAACAGCACACUCAAAACUCCAGACAAGUUCAGGUUUGUCCACUCCUGCAGAAGAAGUGGCCUGUGUUCAUAGACAGUGGGGUGGGAGCUGGGAGCUGAUUUUCUAAUGUGGCAGGAUUUUUAUAUGCUGAAGAAGGCAGACUUGUGUACAACAGACUGCAAUGUUUUUAUUUCAAACAAAAUCCAUUUGACAUGUCUUCCCCCCCAUAUCCCUGAACCCUGCUUCCUUUUGCCUUCUUGGUCCCAACUGUGUAAUCGGUAUUACUGUUCUUCCUACAGCUGCUGUUUGUUUUUGGGGGUGUGAAAUGCUUAUGAAGCAGAGCUGGGUUUAGUUUCUCCUGCAUAUUUAGUUCCAAUGCAUGGGAUUGGUCCUACAGCAAGUAGGCAGCAGCCAUUAAGACCACUCUGUUAUAUGACACGCUUUCCCCACCCCAUUCCCCAUAUGAUGUGCACUCCUUCCUGGCAGCCUGGCUACGAAGUGCUCAUGUGCAACUGACUGCAGAGGUGUUGAGACAGAGAGGCAAUCAUAGCACUAGCCAAUCAGCUCUAGGCACUGAAGCACUUCUGCAGCAGGGAGAGUGAUGCUGAGGGGUCAGAUACGGAAAUUGCAAGAGUCAAUGUGGUUGGAGCAGGACUGAUGAUCACUGCCCUUUAGCUGUGAAGUUCAAAUAUAUUUGUUGUACUACCAUAGCGCCCCCUUCCUCCAAACUCUCUCUCUCUCCAUGACCUAAAGGUUCCCUCUGGUCAUGUCAAUAGACCCAGAGCAAAUGGCUCUUCUUCAGAAGGGGGAACAUGUUGCUUUCCUGAGAGUGUUCUUGUGCUUUUCUGCCACAACCAUCAGAUAAGCAAAUGCCUCAGUAGGUAAAGAAUUGAUGCUUCGUUUUUUCCUUCUACCUACCUUCCCCCUCCAGCCUAACCCUCUUGCUUUUUAUAGGGUUGCUUCUUGUUCCAGGAUGAUGCAUUAUGUCUGAGUUGCUAGAUCACAGUUUCAAAAAGAUUGGUAUAGAACUGGGUCUCAAAUAAGGCAUUUGCUAGAUUGGUCAGUUGGCUGUAACAGAGGCUGCUGAAGUCCCAUUCAAAACUGAAGUAAGCCCUGUUGAGCAUAGUGGGACUUACAGCACAAUUGUUGACUCAGAAGCAAGUCUCUCAUCUUUGUUUAUCCAUUCAGCAGAAUCACAUGCUAAAAGGUAAGGCACUGAAUCUUUCACUUGCUCUCCCUAUGUAAAGUAGGGCAGGUGAAGCCCCUUUAGUUUUAGCCUACAUAUUGAUAUGUAAAUAAGAUGGGUCCUCUCUCUUGCUGUCAUGCCACUUUAUUUAUUUAUUUAUUUAUUAAGCGAGGGAGUGAUUCAACCCCUACAGAUUCCCCCACCCCACAACACUUUCAAAUACAGCAAGAGUUAUUUUCAAAAUGUUGACAUAUUGAUUUGGAACUAUUACUGGAAAGCUUACAGCCUGUUACUAAUUCAGCCUAAACAAGCAAAUGCUUAGUUUGGUACACACGGUAUGAAUCCAGAUCAUGAUACUAGGCUGAAGAGUCAACUAUACUGAUGUGAAGGAGAAUUAAAACUAAAAGCAGAAACCCUCCUCAGUGAGGGAAGCUGCCCAGGAGGUGAACAUCACCCCCAUUUCUGACUUUCUCCCAACAGCCCUGCAGUGUUGCCUUACUGCCCAACCACAUGAGGAGGGAAAGGCAGUUUAUCAGUCUUUAGGGUAUAGAUUUGGCAAGCAAGUUCUUCAGUGGCAGCGGGGUGUGUGUUAGCCUUUGCAUGAAAUAAUAUCUUUCAACCUCCCCAUCCUCCUGUCCUGUUUGCAUCCAGCCAGCCGUGGGGGCUGCUGCAGCUAUACUGAGACCUCUCACUCCAGGCUGCACAGCCCUUUCGCUCACAUUGAGUAGAAGUCCACUAACGUUUGCUCAGAGUAGACUCACUGAAGUUAAAGAACAUGAUGAAGUUAGGUCCAUUAAUUUCCAUGGGUGUACUCUUGAGUAAAACAUAGCUGGAUGCCACCUGCUGUUUUGCGGCUGCUCCGUUCCUUUCAUCUUACGAGCUUACUGUCCCUUUCCUGCUGGCAAUGACUUUACCUGUGAUUACUUCAAACGUUUUUUUCCUGUAUAAAGGAAACAAUUUGGGGAAGGGAAUAAAGGUUUUUUUGUGUUGGUUUUUUCAACAAAAAAAAUA